UUUAAAUGCCAGUAUCAAUCUCAAGUACAUUAAGUAUCGCUUGUCAUAGCAACCACGAUAAGCAAAGAAACAUACAUAGGUAACAUACGUGACAAUUUCAGAGAUUAUGAGAAGUCGGCACACACAGAAGUGAUAACGCAUAUGUUAACAUAGCGCAGAAGCAGAUUCUCGAUUGUAGCGUACGGUUGAAUGCAGCACAGUGAUUAUGGCAGAGGGACCAGAAUUGAAUUUUUUCGAUUUACGUCUAGUACACGAUCAUUUUGACAAGGCUCUCAUUGAAAAUGACGAUAUCGAUCUAAAAGCAUAUUUAGACGCAUAUAAUGAAUUAUACAAAUUUUUCCAGUUAAUGGGCAGUGUCUUCAGUUUUGUCUCGUCUGAUCUCAAACAAAAAAUAGACAUCUUAAUUGAACAGAGAAGCAAAGAUAGUCAGAAUUACACAACCAUCAAGACUAUGAUUGAUUAUGAGAAGGAAAACAAUUUGCUUGAGAAACCCGACUUUGUGAAUGGCGCACGUACUUUAUUAAGAUUACAUAGGGGUUUAGAUUUUAUAAGAGAAUUUUUGCGACAACUGGGUGAUUUAAAAGAUUGUGAUAAAACAUCCAGUUGUUGUCAAGAUGCAUAUGGUAAAACUCUGGCCAAGCAUCAUCCAUGGGUGGUGAGAAAAGCUGCGAUAGUAGCAAUGUACACUAUGCCUACUAGGGAAAAUUUGUUCAAAAAGGUCUGUGGUGACAACAUUCAACGUAAUAUAGAUGUUUUGCCCAAGAUGUUGGAAGUGACUGCCGACGUGUUCAAUCGAACUCAUACUAUCUAUGAAACUUACAAGUUGCACGAUCUACCAUAAGUGGUUACAUUGUGCUACCAUAGUGAUAUUGUACACUUUAUACGUGUAGCUUUUCCAAGCACCGCACAUUCCCACGAUUCUUACAAUAUUGUGAUAUUACUCUAUGUAGUAUUACCAAGAUGUGUAUAAUUGGCGUACUUUUUCGAGAUAUAAUAAAUAAGUAAUGCACGCUUAUAUUUGGUGAUGCACAUAUUCUUUCAUCACACACACAUUGAUAUUUUAUAAUUAUUAUACAUACUGACAAAUGUACAAAUGUUGGCACUUAUGUACUAUAAGUUAUUACUUUUAUAAAAUGUAAUUUUUAUUAUUUUAUUACUGUGCGUAAAAUUGAGGUUUUAAAUGAAGAUUUUGUUAAACGCUUAAAUAAAAAUUUAAACGUCGAUCGAAUUUAGCUUUACAUAUGUCAAUGCUUUAU